CUCGUUUUUCUUCUCUGACCCCAGAAACUCCAUCAGGAGAGAGAAAGCUCUGUUAGAAAGGCGGAAAACUAGAGAGAGAAACUGAAGGAGAGAGAAACUGUUUCUUUCUCUCUUUUCCUUUUUCGGGGACUGAUCUACUUCUUCUUCGAAGUUCAAAGGGAUUUAGGGAUUUUCUCCGGUAUCGAUCUGAGAUUUGGUGGUGAAAAUUUGGCUUUUUCACAGAAAAUGACGUCAUUAAGCAGGGAGCUUGUAUUUCUCAUACUUCAAUUCCUGGAAGAGGAGAAAUUUAAGGAUAGUGUUCACAGAUUGGAACAAGAAUCAGGAUUUUACUUUAACAUGAGGCACUUUGAAGAAUUGGUGACUGGUGGAGAGUGGGAUGAAGCAGAGAAGUACUUAUCUGGUUUCACUAAAGUUGAUGACAAUAGAUAUUCAAUGAAGAUCUUUUUUGAAAUCAGGAAGCAGAAGUACCUUGAAGCCUUAGACAGUCGAGAUCGUGCAAAAGCUGUAGAAAUUCUUGUGAAGGAUUUAAAGGUUUUCUCGGCUUUCAAUGAAGAGCUCUUUAAGGAAAUAACACAUCUGUUAACCUUGGAUAAUUUUAGAGAAAACGAGCAACUAUCAAAAUAUGGGGAUACCAAGUCAGCUAGAAGCAUAAUGCUUGCUGAACUGAAGAAAUUGAUAGAGGCCAACCCACUGUUUCGUGAUAAACUACAAUUUCCAACCUUGAGGAACUCAAGACUAAGGACUCUUAUUAAUCAGAGUUUGAAUUGGCAACAUCAGCUAUGCAAGAAUCCCAAGCCUAAUCCUGACAUUAAAACACUUUUUGUGGACCAUACAUGUGGACCCCCUAAUGGCGCACGUGCACCAUCACCUGUGACUAAUUCAUUAAUGAAUGCUGGCCCCGUUCCGAAGGCAGGAGCUUUUCCUCCACUGGGAGCUCAUGGACCAUUCCAGGCUGCUCCAGCUUCUCUUCCUACACCAUCAAUUGCUGGAUGGAUGACAAAUCCGUCUCCUGUACCUCACCCUGCUGUUUCAGCUGGGCCCAUGGGUUUAGGUGUCCCUAACAAUCCAGCUGCUAUAGUAAAGCGUCCACGUACUCCUCCUAACAACAAUGCGAUGGAUUAUCAAACAGCAGAUUCUGAACACGUGUUGAAGAGACAAAGACCUUUUGGAGUACCAGAAGAAGUUAACAAUCUCCCUAUCAACAUUCUUCCCGUUGGAUUCAAUCAAAGCCACGGUCAAAGUUCAUAUUCGUCUCUCGACUUGCCAAGGGAUGUUGUCAUGAGUUUGAGCCAGGGUUCUACUGUCAAGAGUCUAGAUUUCCACCCGUCACAGCAAAUUUUGCUCCUAGUGGGGACAAACAUGGGUGAUGUCAUGGUGUGGGAAUUAGUGAGCAGGGAGAGAAUUGCGUACAGAAAUUUUAAGGUCUGGGAACUUGGUACAUGUUCUAUGCCUCUGCAGGCUUCUUUGGCCAGUGAUUACUCUGCAUCCAUUAAUCGUGUCAUGUGGAGUCCUGAUGGAACCCUUUUUGGUGUUGCGUACUCAAAACAUAUAGUACAUAUAUACUCCUACCAUGGCCCAAAUGACCUGAGAAACCACUUGGAGAUUGAGGCUCAUGUUGGCAGUGUUAAUGAUCUUGCCUUCUCUUAUCCUAACAAACAAUUGUCUAUUGUUACAUGUGGAGACGACAGGCUUAUUAAGGUUUGGGAUGCUGUCACUGGGGCCAAGCAGUAUACAUUUGAGGGUCAUGAAUCACCAGUAUAUUCUGUAUGUCCACAUCACAAGGAAAGUAUUCAGUUCAUUUUCUCCACUGCAACGGAUGGAAAAAUAAAAGCAUGGCUGUAUGACAAUGUCGGUUCAAGAGUAGAUUAUGAUGCGCCGGGCCACUCAUCAACAAGGAUGGCUUAUAGCGCAGAUGGGCUAAGAUUGUUCUCAUGUGGGACCAACAAAGAAGGAGAAUCCUUCCUUGUGGAAUGGAAUGAAAGUGAAGGAACUGUCAAGCGUACAUACCUUAGUCUUGGAAAGCGGUCUGUUGGAGUUGUGCAUUUUGAUACAACCAAGAACAGGUUCCUUGCUGCUGGGGAUGAGUUUACAGUCAAAUUUUGGGAUAUGGAUAGUGUUAACAUUUUAACUACAACCGAUGCUGGAGGCGGGUUGCCGGCUUCUCCUUGUAUCCGGUUUAACAAGGAGGGGACGUUAAUGGCUGUGUCAACCAGUGACAAUGGCGUAAAAAUUCUAGCUAAUUCUGAUGGGAUUAGGCAACUGCGUGCUGUGGAAAAUCGCCCAUUCGAUACUUCUGCUUCUGCUGCAAUUGUCAAGGGCCCUACACUAGGCGUAUUUCCUGCUGCAAGUGCUGCGAUGGGAUCAAGUAUUGCAGAAAGAACUGCUGCUGUGCCUCCCAUGGUUGCUAUGAAUGCUGAUAAUCGAAACCUAGUAGACGUGAAACCAAAAUUUCUCGACGAGUCUGCAGACAAGUCGAAGAUCUGGAAGCUCACUGAAAUCAACGAAUCUUCACAGUGUCGGUCACUGAGACUUCCUGAUAGUAUAUCAGCUAUGAGGGUUUCAAGGCUGAUUUAUACGAAUUCAGGAUUUGCCAUGUUGGCAUUAGCAUCAAAUGCUGUACACAAACUUUGGAAAUGGCCUAGGAAUGAGAGAAAUUUGUCUGGCAAGGCGACUGCAAGUGUCCCUCCCCAAUUAUGGCAGCCUUCAAGUGGCAUAUUGAUGACAAAUGAUUUAAGUGAGACAAAUCCGGAAGAUGCAGUUUCUUGCUUUGCACUUUCGAAGAAUGAUUCUUAUGUGAUGUCCGCUUCAGGCGGGAAAAUUUCCUUGUUCAAUAUGAUGACUUUCAAGACCAUGACGACAUUCAUGCCCCCACCACCAGCAGCAACAUUUUUGGCGUUCCAUCCUCAAGAUAACAAUAUAAUUGCUAUUGGCAUGGAAGAUUCAUCUAUUCAAAUAUACAAUGUUCGAGUUGAUGAGGUCAAGACAAAACUUAAAGGACACCAGAAGAGGAUUACAGGUCUCGCAUUCUCGAAUGUUCUAAAUGUACUUGUGUCUUCGGGGGCUGAUUCUCAGCUGUGUGUUUGGAGCAUGGAUGCAUGGGAAAAGUUGGCAUGUAAACCUCUACAAAUACCCAGUGGCCGAUCUGUGAAUCAACUCUCGGAUACACGUGUCCAAUUUCACCAAGAUCAGACACAUUUGUUGGCAGUGCACGAAACACAGAUUGCUAUAUAUGAGGCUCCUAAACUUGAAUGUCUGAAACAGUGGUUUGCCCCAGAAGCCAGAGGCCCGAUAACACAUGCUACAUACUCCUGUGAUAGCCUGUCAAUAUAUGUAAGCUUUGAAGAUGGAAGUGUCAGCAUUCUCACUGCUUCAAAUCUGAGGUUAAGAUGUCGAAUUAACCCCAAUGCUUACCUACCUCCUAAUCCAAGUACGAGAGUUUACCCACUCUGCAUAGCUGCACAUCCUUCAGAAGCCAAUCAAUUUGCAUUAGGACUUACAGAUGGUGGCGUUUGUGUGCUUGAGCCCUUAGAAUCAGAUGGGCAGUGGGGUACCCCACCUCCUGCAGAAAAUGGUGCUGGAACCAGCAAUCCAUCUGGAGCAGCCGGGACAGAUCAGGCACCAAGAUGAUUGAUUGGUUUUCUGUCUUUUGCUAAUCAACCAAAGGUGAUCUUUUUGUACAGUCAAUCACCUUGAUCCUGGUUUCGCCGCACUUGUUAUUUUUUAGAGGGAAGCUGCAGGACCCAGGUAUUACCAUCGUAGAAUCUUCAUUAGUCAACCUUCUGAAUUUGGAAUUCAUUCUCUCAUGGAUGAGGCACAGGAAUUGGCAACCAUCCAACUUUCAAUUCGUAGACACAGUGAUUAUCAAUUAUUCACCUUGAACGAGAUUUAGAGUAUGGGAUUUGGUUGUUUAUCUGCAGAGGGAAGGAUGGAUAGGUCAUGGACCGGAUCUGUAUGACUAACCCCAUAUGUUUUCUUUGAUAUUGGAGGGACCGAUGUUCUUUUUUCUUCCCUUUCUCAGUAUUUUUUUACAACGAAAUUAGCUUAAUUUUUUAGGGGGAUACUAUUAGCAUCGUUUAGAGUUGGGUUGAAAUUGUAUUGCAGCGUAGUUUGGUUAAGGGAACAAAAGAUCUGUAUUGCAGUGUAGUUUGGUUAAGGGAACAGAAGAUCUGUAAUUCAUAAUGGGUUUUAUACUUGGAAUUCUUC